AGUGUUGCCGGAGCUGAUAUGGCUGCUCGCUACUGUGCGAAGAACGGAGCCUCGGGCCCCUCUCACAGCCCGGCCUCUUGACGCUGCCAGUGAACGGGGUCCCCCGGGCCGUCUCCACCGUUGUCAUGUACCCUCCGGCGCCGCCUGCGCCGCACCGGGACUUCAUCUCGGUGACGCUGAGCCUUGGCCAGAGCGGCGACGGCAGCAAAACCCGGCGGCGCCGCUCGUGCUGGCGGAAAUGGAAGCAACUGUCGAGAUUACAGCGGAAUGUGAUUCUCUUCACCCUGGUGUUUCUGACGCUCUGUGGGCUCCUGUCCUACAUCAGCAUGGCUGACCCGUGGAAAGCUCCGAGUGGCAGGUCAGCAGGAGAGCAGAGAAUGAGGCCAGCAAACCCACCCAUCUUGCCAGCUCCGCAGAAGGCAGAUGCUGACCCAGGGAACAGCCCUGUGCUGCCCCGUCAGAAGCCUCAGAGGCACGUCCGGCGGGGCCCCCGCAACCUGCAGAUCAGAGCCCCCGAUAAAGACUCAGAGGGCAGGAGGCAGGACGACAUCAAGAGGAGGGAGGAGGCGGCGGACGAGCUGCACCAGCAGCAGGACCCGCCAAGGACGGUCGUCAGCUGGCGGGGAGCAGUGAUAGAGCCGGAGCAGGGCACCGAGCUCCCGUCCAGGAAGGCAGAGGCCCCCACCAGGCCCUCCUCGAGGGCCCCCAGGAUUCUGAAGCACGUGGCUUCCCCUAACGAGCGCCAGAAGGCCGUGAUCGACGCCUUCCGCCACGCAUGGACCGGGUACCGCAAGUUCGCCUGGGGCCACGAUGAGCUGAAGCCCGUGUCCAGGUCCUUCAGCGAGUGGUUCGGCCUCGGCCUCACGUUGAUCGACUCCCUGGACACCAUGUUGAUCCUGGGUCUGAAAAAAGAGUUUGGAGAAGCCCGGCAGUGGGUGUCCCGGAAGCUGCAGUUCCAGAAGGACGUGGACGUCAACCUCUUCGAGAGCACUAUCCGGAUCCUGGGGGGGCUGCUGAGUGCCUACCACCUGUCCGGGGACGCGCUGUUCCUGCAGAAGGCUGAAGAUUUCGGGAACCGGCUGAUGCCUGCAUUCCGAACGCCCUCCAAGAUCCCGUACUCGGACGUUAACAUCGGCACUGGCGUUGCCCACCCGCCCUGGUGGACGUCCGACAGCACGGUGGCGGAGGUGACCAGCAUCCAGCUGGAGUUCCGAGAGCUCUCACGUCUCACGGGAGUCAGGAAGUUCCAGGAGGCCGCAGAGGAGGUGACCCGGCACGUCCACUCCCUGUCGGGGAAGAAGGACGGGCUGGUGCCCAUGUUCAUCAACACGCACAGCGGCCUCUUCACCCACAUGGGCGUGUUCACCUUGGGCGCCAGGGCCGACAGCUACUACGAGUACCUGCUCAAGCAGUGGAUCCAGGGCGGGAAGCGGGACUCGAGGCUGCUGGACGACUACCUGGAAGCCGUCGAGGGGAUCAAGAGGCACCUCCUGCGCAGGUCCGAGCCCAGCCAGCUUGCCUUCGUGGGGGAGCUCGCCCAUGGCCGCUUCAGCGCCAAGAUGGACCACCUGGUGUGCUUCCUGCCGGGGACACUGGCCUUGGGAGCCCACCACGGCCUGCCCGCCGACCACUUGGCGCUGGCCCGGGCACUCAUGGACACCUGCUACCAGAUGAACAGGCAGAUGGAGACGGGGCUGAGCCCUGAGAUCGUGCACUUCAACCUGCACGCGCAGAAGGGCCAGAAGGACGUGCAGGUCAAGCCGGCCGACAGGCACAACCUGCUGCGCCCCGAGACGGUGGAGAGCCUGUUCUAUCUGCACCGCCUCACGGGGGAGCGCAAGUACCAGGACUGGGGCUGGGAGUUGCUGCAGAGCUUCAACACCUACACGCGGGUUGCCUCUGGCGGCUAUUCCUCCAUCAGCAACGUCCAGGACGCCCGCAACCCCCAGCCCAGGGACAAGAUGGAGAGCUUUUUCCUGGGAGAGACGCUCAAGUACCUGUACCUGCUCUUCUCUGACGACCCCGACCUGCUCAGCCUGGACGCCUACGUGUUCAACACCGAGGCCCACCCCCUGCCCAUCUGGGCCCCCGCUUAGGGUGCAGUUCCUGUGUGGGUGCUGCCCCCGGGCCGACGCUGCCUGCGCUCAAGGGCGCCUGUCGGCAGGACCUGGCCCUGGAGAGGUCCUCCCUCCUCUGACCUGGGCCGUGUGUGUCUGCCAGCUGGACGUGCUCCGGGCCCGGCUGGUGACAGGCCAGGAGGCAACUGGGCCAGGACGUCUCUGGGCUGUGGGAGGUGCUCGGGGUGGCCGUGGGCGGCCGGUGCUCUGCCCCGGUGUGGGCUCCUAGUCUGGGGUUCUGUGGGGACACCGUUAGGAGGAAGAAACCAGUGUUGGGGUUCAGGGGGGCCAGUCCACCAGCCCCCCCAUUCCUGAGAAACUGCAAAUUGUGAGUCACAUUCCUGUUGCCCGAAUGUCCUGUCGGUGCCCGGGCCUCUUUGGGUCCUGGGCCUCUGGUCACCUUUUGGGGCCCCUGGGCGUCCCCAGGCCCCAUGCUGGUUCAGAGGCAGGAGCCAAGAGGACACUGGAGUGCAGCUCUGCCUCGGGGUCUCAGUGGGGGACCCUGGGCCAGCCCAAGGUCUUGGGAGGCGCGUGUGACCCCGCUGGGCCGGGGCUUCUGGCUGGCUGUGCCGCGCACAUGAUGGACUCAGGGAUCCCUCAGGGUCUGGGGGGCGCGGGCCGAGUGCCUCUGCCCCCAGGCCACCCGCGGAGUGGCCUUCCGUUGGGAUAAAGCCAAUUUGCUCUGA